GUGCGAACAGCCUUCAAAAUCUCUUUCAACGCGAAUAACCCGAAUUGCAGCUUAAUGCAAUGAGAAAAAAGUUAUAGAUCGAAUUGGUUUUGUAGUGCAUCACUUAAAACUAAAAAGAUUGCGGAAAGCUAUCAAGCGAUUUGAUUAUCACCAUUCUUUAAUUCGUGUGUUAUCUUAUAGUAAUUCGAAAAAGUAAGCAUUAGGCUUGUGAGCAAACAAUGGCAGCAGCUCCUGUGAUUAUUCAAUCCGCCGCAAAACAUACAUCCACGCUCAUUUUUCUGCACGGUUUAGGUGAUACCGGUCAUGGCUGGGCUACAACAAUGGGUAUGAUCCGCACACCGGACAUGAAGGUUAUUUGUCCGACAGCACCAACGAUGCCGGUUACGCUUAAUGCCGGAUUUCGCAUGCCGUCUUGGUUCGACUUAAAAACAUUGGAUAUCGGCGGUCCCGAAGAUGAGGAAGGCAUAAAAAAAGCUACCAAGAACGUGCAUGAAAUGAUUCAAGGAGAAAUAAGAGCCGGAAUUUCACCCAACCGGAUCAUGUUGGGAGGAUUUUCUCAAGGUGGAGCUCUAGCCCUGUAUGCUGCACUCACAUUUGCGGAACCUUUGGCGGGGGUUUUGGCGUUAUCGUGCUGGUUACCACUUCAUAAAAAUUUCCCUUCAAUCUUGAAGUGUCCAGAUUCAGUUCCCAUACUUCAAUGUCAUGGGGACUGUGAUCCGGUAGUUCCGUACAAGUUUGGUCAAUUAUCAUCGAGUGUGUUAAAAACAUUUAUGAAGCACUCACAGUUCCAAUCGUAUAGAGGGUUGUCACAUUCCUCGUCCGAUGCUGAAGUAGAAGAUAUGAAGAAAUUUAUCGAAAAACAUGUUCCGCGCCAGUGAAUAGACUACUACAUUCGCAACCUGUGUAUAAAACUUAAUGGUCUUCAAAAACCGACAUAUUUUUUCUAAUUGAUUUAUUAUAGCAACCAAUUUAAACGAAACCAACAACUGUAACCCUCUUUACAAUUUUAAAGCAUCUAUGAUAUGUUAAUUGGUCUGAGUUCAUUGGAAUGACAGUUUUUCAUACAUAUUAAUCACUUAUUACUAAAAUGGUCAGCAAAGGAAAAUACGCUGUCACCAACACAUAAUAGAAUAUAAAUCAAAUCUUUUUGCUAAUUGACAAAAUUCGCAAUGGAAACAAAUCAUCUAUGACAAUGAUUAAAGCAAACAAUAAGUAUUUCAAACAUUUGAAAAUUAUCUAUUGAGAUUUACAUAUAGUGACGAGGCUAACCACAUCCUAUCUAACUAAGCCCUCAGUAUUUUGAAUUAAGGCAAACGAAUCAAAGAAUCAUAACAUUUUAAUUGGUAUUCUCACUACCUCUACUCAAUUGGAAAUAGCUUAUAAACCAGUUUUACUUAAACUGCUUGCAAUUAGAGGCCAUUACUAAAUAGUCGAUUUGAUUUGGUAGUAACACAAACUAAACAAAAACGUAAUGUAGCGAAAUGUUCCUUUGGCUUGAGCAAAUGAUUUAAAUUUUGUAUUUAAUAUAAAAUUUAAAAUAAAUUACAAUCUCGAUGGCAAAAAAUUAGAAAAAUGGUCAGCAUUGAAACUGCUUUUGCGUUGCAUCAAAAAACGGAAACCCUUACGGUUUUGAUAGAGCAUGAAAUUGUAAAGAGAAUGAAAUAUAUAUUUUAGUUUAUUAGAAUAA